CAAUCCAUCGCAAUAAAGAAAAGGUGUCAUUAGUUUAGUUAGUUCCCUUUUGUAGUUGCAGUCCUAUUGCAGAUGCCCUUUUCAAGCCCAUUUCCCAUUUGAGCAGCACCAGCACAUCUAUCCUGUAGCCCUUCUUCCAGAUAUCUGCCUGUCCCAAUAUAAAUGUCGAACAAUCCAUCUCCACCGUCACCAUCUACAUUUCCAUCACAAACGACGAAAACAACUGAAUCGACGGUCAAUCAUCCACUGACUGAAUUAAAUUGUGAUUUAGCUAAUAAUGUUAUUAGCUCGAGCUUCACCCAUCAACAUCAAAGAAUAACAUUCAACACAUCCGGUGAGUGUAUCUGGGCCACCCAGUAUCCCGAGAUCCAGAAAGCAUGCUACCUCCGACGAGUUUGUCAAUUCGCGCCACCGAAGGAGUUGCGUCUUCAAAAUGUUACUCCAAUUUUACAGGCAGGACCAACCUGUGGUCUAACGGCGCUCAGUAUGCUCUUUGAAGGAUCUCCUUCGGCUAAAACCUUUCUCGAACUAGCCAUAGCCAAAGGGUAUUCUAAUAAUGGUGAAAUGUUCAGCACUAAGCAGCUAAACGAGCUGUUGACGAUUGGAUUGGAUGAGAAUCGACAUUUGGUGGAAUAUAAACCGGUGGAACAUCACGUUGUCGGAGGGUGGAUGGACGAGCCAAGCAUAAAGAUGCAACUGAGACUUGGGUCAAUCUUUUUGGUGCCAUACGAUCCUGAUCGAGAUCAUACCCCAUGCCUAAACCGCGGCCAUAAAGCCCAUUGGGCUCUUAUAAUCGGGUAUAUGAUAGACCAGUUUAAUGAUUUUUAUGUAUUCGCCCGACAUGGAAAAACGAAAAACCUCGCAUUAUGGUCAAUACGAAACUUGGCUCGUAGCAAUGCAAAUUUAGAAGAAUUUUGUCAACCGGUUGGACAUCCUAAUGAGACUUUUAUACUGCCGGAAGGCGGUAUCGGCGGUUGCAAUGGGCUAAGGUGUAAGUUCAUUAUGAUCGAACACUACAGGGCAAAGGAUGAAAUUAUUCUAUAGCAGAGAGGAAGAACAGGCAGCUUCGCAGAUUUUCCUAAGAUGGAUCGUGCUGAAAAGGGUCUGGAUUGCUGCUUCUAUUUAUGGGUUCAAAUAGUGUUACUAAGAGAUGAUUAAUGCUAUCAAAUAUUUAUGAGUCAAUUUAUUUAUUUAUGUUUUCAGUUGGGUUCUGAUAUUUAUUGUACCACAAAUUCAUAACUAUUAUUUUAACGCAACUUUUGUGACCAAUCAAACAGUAUUGAGAACAAAGUCACAUUACUCUUUAGCACACAGCUAUUUUUCGUGAUCACUACUUUUUGUCAUGUACCUACAUGUUCAACGCUUUGUUAGUUUUAGUAAAUAAAUGGUUACGAAAGAGAUCUGCUUACAAUUUGCUUUCGUAACGAAUUAUAA